GGUCUUCUGUUAUUCCCGAGGGGUCUUGCUUGGAUGGAGAUUGGUUUUGGUUUCAUGACGUACAUUCAUUCAUCUUCAGGUUUCACUAAUUCUUCUAUGAAUUGUUAGAGACAUGAAAGUGCUAUUUUUUGUUCUGCGAUUCCCUUGUAAUCCCUUGGGAGAUAGGGGUGGAAAGAGUGAAGAAUGAAAUGAACUAGAGCAGCUGUAUGUGAUUCUUUGUCUGGGAAACUUCUACUACAGUAUGGCGAGGAUGAGAAUUCCAAAACGAUAUAUGAUUGUCAUUUUAACCUUCAUCUGCACAUUUGUUUGCUAUGUAGAACGUGUGGGCUUCUCAAUUGCUUACACAGCAGCAGCUGAUGCUGCUGGGGUGAACCAGUCAAGUAAAGGCACCAUACUUUCCACAUUCUACUAUGGGUAUGCUUGUUCACAGGUGCCUGGAGGAUGGGCGGCCCAGAGGAUUGGGGGAAGACGUGUACUCCUCCUCUCAUUUGUGUUAUGGUCUCUAACUUGUGCUUUGGUACCCCUAGAUCCAAACCAAGUCAAAACCUUGGUGAUGGCCCGCUUGCUUGUUGGAGUUGCACAAGGUUUCAUAUUCCCGUCCAUUCACACUAUACUUGGUCUGUGGGUCCCACCUCAUGAACGGUCACGAUCAGUUUCUCUCACAACUUCUGGAAUGUAUCUUGGUGCAGCAGCUGGCAUGCUUUUCCUGCCCAGCCUGGUGAAAUUCAGGGGACCUCAAUCUGUUUUUUCAGCUGAGGCUGCUUUGGGUGCCAUCUGGUCCAUACUUUGGUUGAAAUAUGGAAGUGAACCAUCCCGCACCAACUACCCAAAGAUGACACCUGCUGGGUAUGGGGAGUCUCUACUACCAACUAGAGGGGGUUUGCAGAAAAUGAAGGUGGCUACUGCUAAAAUCCCAUGGAAACGAAUAUUCCUUAGCUUGCCAGUCUGGGCAAUUGUGGUAAAUAACUUCACUUUCCAUUAUGCCUUAUAUGUACUGAUGAACUGGCUUCCCACAUACUUUGAGCAAGGCCUUCAGCUUAGUCUUCAGGAUAUGGGUUCUUCUAAAAUGCUUCCUUAUCUCAACAUGUUCAUAUUCUCCAAUAUUGGUGGGGUGAUUGCAGACCACUUGAUCACUAGGAAGAUCUUGUCUGUGACCAGAACCCGCAAAAUUUUGAAUACUAUUGGGUUCUUGGUAGCCUCUUUUGCAUUGAUGGCACUUCCAUUGUUUAGAACUUCUGGUGGAGCUGUCUUUUGUUCUUCAGUCACUCUUGGGUUCCUUGCCCUGGGUAGAGCUGGAUUUGCCGUAAAUCACAUGGAUGUUGCUCCAAAGUAUGCUGGAAUUGUUAUGGGAGUCUCUAACACUGCUGGGACCUUGGCAGGCAUCAUUGGGGUUGAUCUAACAGGUCGGCUCCUUGAAGCUGCUAAAACUGCACAUUUGGAUCUUUCAAGUCCAGAAAGUUGGAGAUCAGUAUUCUUCAUGCCAGGAUAUCUCUGCAUUUUCAGUUCAAUUAUUUUUUUACUAUUCGCAACUGGGGAGAAGAUAUUUGAUUGAGAGUGCUAAUGCUAUAGUUGUUGAAUUCAUGGUUUGAUGAUUCGGUAACUGGGUAAAGAGCUCUUUUGUCUUUUUAUUCCUUGGGGCAAUUCCCUCAGUAAUUUUCUAAGAUGUUUGUUUUGUCACAUUGUCCUCCCAUGAGAAUUAUUCAUUUUGAAGUUUAAAGCCACAAAAGGGUGUGAAAUGGAAAGUUUGGAUUUAUAAUUUUGCA